AUGAAAAAUAAACAUUUAUAUAAAUGUUUUUAUUUUCUAUUAUUAAUGAUGUUAUCACUAAUUGAAGUCAAAGGUAAAGGUGCUGUAAGACGAACUGGAUCAUUUGCAAGACCGACAGGUUAUGGUACGGCAUAUAAAUAUUAUGCUGAGGACGAACCAACUACUACUGAAAAACCAAGCGCAGAGAGUAUUGCUGCUGAAGCUGAAGGAUAUGCAAUAAUGAGUGCGUUGUCUGCAUCAUUUCAUUCUCAACCAAAUGGUAUUUAUGGUCCAGGUUAUGGAGGUGGAGAAACUUGUAUGAAUACUCAACGUAUGCCUGGUCAUUGGUUUGGAUCAUUUCGUUGUCCAGUUAAUGGAUUUCCAUAUGAAGCAACGAAUUGUUGUGGUGUUUAUGGAAAACAUUAUUGUUGUAUACCCAAGAAAAAAAAUAGUUUUCUUCAUAUUAGCGCUUAUAUUGGAUUGAUAGUUUUAAUUAUUGUAAUUCUUUUUAUUAUUAUUUUAUUAGUGGUGCGACAUUAUCGACAACGACAAAAAGGAAUGACUAUGAUAUCAACAGAUGAGCAAAAUACAUGA